GCGACCUACUAGCUUGGCUGAUGUUCGGAUGGGAGAUCCAAAUGAUCGUUCUCAUAAGAAUACACAUCUCCACAAGUCAAAAUUUAUAAACUGUGAAGCCAGCAAUGGUGGGACUGUUUACAAUGGCGGGGCAAUAACUAUUGAUAAUUCUGUUUUACCAAAAAAAAAAAGAAAUUUGGAAAAGGAUGGGGUUAAGACUGAAAAUACGGAGAUUAAAGCUGAUACCUCCGGAACCGUUUUACCAUCCAAGCGUACCAAUAUUUUCGAAGAAGAUUCGUCUAAAAAAAGCUUCCAAAUAAAACAAAAGACAGAUAAUAGAGAGGAUUCACCUAUUCUUAAGAAACUUAUCAAAGAACUCCAGAGCACCAAUUCCUCCCCGCAAAGCGAAACGAACCCUUUACAGAAAUCCAAAAUCCUCGUCUAUAAUAUCCUGAAAGAAGCGAGUGAAAGUAUCAACCAAAAUGUUGACGUUGCGGAACUGCCACCGUGUUCUGAAUGCGAUAAAGAAAUUUUUGCAAUUACUUUCGAACCAUUAAAUAUCCUGACGUGUGGACAUGUAUAUCAUAGAUAUUAUAUCGCGAAAAAAAAUUUAUUUACAGAAGAGAAUAAAUGUCCUUCUGGAUGUGGUAAAGUUAUCGAACCCGCGUUCCCUGCUAAACGAGAAUUUUCACAGCAAUCAUCACAGUCAAGUACCUUAUCAAUGAUUAGGAAGAUGAGUAAUCAACUUCAGAUAAAUUCACUGGUAAUUCAAGAAAAUGAGGAAAUGGAGGAUGCUAUCAGUAAUAAGCGGGCUAAUGAAACUACAGGUGAAUCUACAGAAAAUACUUCCAGCAAAAAACUAAGAAACGGGUUAAGGAUGAGGAUUCUUACAUAUUAA